ACCCAAGAGCCUUCGGAAGGUCACCAGUAUGGCGGAAUCGUCACUCGCUGCUGACUUGCUAGCUGACUUUAACGACGAUUCUGAUAACGAGGAUUUGGACUUGGAGAACGGGGAUCUAAACGUUCCAGAGACCGCCGGUAUUCGUUCCAAAUCCCGUGACCUUGGAUUGGAUGGCGAUGAGGAGGAUGAUGAGGAUGAAGAUAUGGGGGGAACAGAGGGCGCGCGAGGGGCCGUGGGAAGUGGUGCUGGAGUACGGAGACAUUCAGAGUCUGAGCUUGCGGAUGACGACGAUGAAGAGGCUAGGAAGGCAAAGGUAGAAAAAAUGCACCUUGGCGGGGUCGAUGAUGUUCGGAGUGUCGCAGGUUUGAUGAAGGUUCUUGAGCCUGUCCUGGAGGUACGCCAUCACCUUUUCCAUUCCCACGCUCCAAUGGGCAACACGCUGACUUUUGAUGGAAAUAAGCAAAUUCAAUACUACAAAAACCUCCCACCAGCCAAAGGACCCCAAGGGAAUGCCGAGGAUAACCCCGAGUACAAGCUGCUUGUCCAAUCCAACGCGCACGCCGUAUCCAUUGACAACGAGAUCAUUCUUGUUCACAAAUUCAUUCGCGAUCACUACGCCGUGAGGUUUCCUGAACUGGAAAACUUGGUCACCAAUCCUUUGGACUAUGCCAAGACAGUUUCUAUAAUCGGUAACGACUUGGACAUCAAAAGUCUCGAGGUUCGAAACGGGAAUCGGCUACGACAGGUCUUGGAUGGGCCGACAUUGAUGGUAGUGACAGUGGAGGCUACCACCACCUCGGGUCGUGACUUGACGGAGAAGGAGUUGGCGGUCACAAUGAGGGCCUGUGAAAUGACACAGGCCCUUGACGCAGCCAAACGAACCAUCACGGCUUAUGUGGAAUCUCGAAUGUCUAUGUUCGCCCCUAAUACUUCUGCUAUCGUUGGCUCCCAAACCGCAGCUCAGCUUAUCAACUUUGCCGGUGGGCUGCGUGGUCUUGCUGCUACGCCAGCUUGCAACAUUGCUGCUCUAGGAUCUAAACGCCAGACUCAAACGGGGCUGGCGACAAACAUUGGCAUUCGCCAACAAGGCUAUAUAUUUCACUCGCCUAUAAUUCGGGAAAUACCCACGGACCUAAAGGUUCAAGCCAUGCGAAUAGUAUCCGCGAAACUUAUUCUCGCUGCUCGGGUUGACUUCUCGCACUCAUCUCCCGAUGGAUCCCAAGGCGAAGACCUCAAAGAACAAGUCUUGGAAAAGCUCGAAAAGCUCACCAUCCCCCCACCCAACAAAGGUCCCAAGGCCCUACCAGCGCCUGACGAUAAACCAGCGCGUAAGCGCGGAGGUCGCCGGGCACGAAAGGCAAAAGAAGCGACUGCCAUGACGGAUCUUCGCAAGGCUCAGAAUCGUAUGGCAUUCGGCAAGCAGGAGGAGGAGACGGGCUAUGGGGUCGGUGAUUCCACCAAGGGCCUCGGGAUGAUUGGACAGGAACAAAAUGGGCGCAUUAGGGCUCUUCAGGUCGACCAGCGAACCCGUGCAAAACUUGGCAAAUACAACCCCGGAUGGGCUGGUGCGACCCCAGUCGGAGGUGCGCAGUCUAUACUAGGCACACGAUCCAGCAACGGGCCAGGCCUUGCGGCUUUGGGUGGUGGUGGAAGGAGCACUUUUGGCGCCCCGACGGGAUUGGGAAGCGGCACAGCCAGUAGCCUUGCAUUUACGCCUGUGCAAGGCAUCGAGUUGAUUGAUCCUAAAGUCGCUGCCGAGAGAAAACGGAAGGCCGCGGCCGAAGACGACAGAUACUUUGCUGGGGGCACUUUCAGCAUGGUAGGUGGUGGCGGGUCGAGCGUCGUGGCCCACAGGGAGCAGGGCACUGGUAGGGGAAAGAAUCCGGGGAUGAUGCUACCGCCGCCACUGCCCAAGAAGUGAUUCGGCGGAGGAUCGGGGGCCAAAAUCAUGAGUCUUUGGUGUCUUCUCGGGAAAUUGGAAGUCUUUGGAGGAGGUUUUUUUUUCUUUUUUGCUGUUUAACAAUGGUAUCUCUUUUCCCGUUUCCUUCCCUUCCUUGUUUUUUUCUUUCUUUCCCUUUCCCCUGCUGUGCUUGUAACGAUCCUAUGUUUACGCGGCAGUAGUAUUUUUAGUUUAGAUUGGGGGGGGGGGGGUGUUCGAUAUUUCAAUUGCACUGCAUGGGAGGGACCCGGGAGGUUAAACCUUACCGCACCCGGACCGGUACAGCACAGCGCCCGUACUGUGAACCACUGCACCACUAUACGAGCUGGGUGCCGGUAUCGCACCACAUCGUAUGCUACAGGCACUGUGCCCUCGCCCAGGACUUUUUUGCCUACACUCUUGUCCCCGUAUUCCAAGUGCGGCAUCCUCCUCCGGCAGAUUUACUGCGAGGAAUUUCAAUAUGCUCCGGAUUGUGAUCUGUGACUCAUGAGGGGCUUACGCGUCCACAGUCCAAUAUC